AUGAACAGAAUAACAAACCCGAGCAAUUCAAAUGAGGGCAGCCUGGAAAACGCCACAGUGCCUCACAAUGUAGACGGAAAUGGCCAUGUCAUGGAGGGGCAGACUUGCCACUCUGCUACCUUCACCAAAAAGGACGAAAAAAUGGAUAAAAAAAAGAAAAAUAAGAAGAACGAAGGGAAAACCAAUCAGCAUGAUGGGGAAGAAAAACACAACAAAAUUACAAAUGAACUUUUGCUAAAGCAUGAUGAAAUAGUUAACUCGGAUAUGCAGAAUAGGAACAUAGAUCACAGAGUAAAGAAGGAUGCAGUGGUGAAGGGAAAACGAGAAAAUUUGAGCAUCAGUUCUUCUAAGGCAGUUUUUCUAAAAAAGAAAAAAAACAUCUUUGGUGCCCACUUGACGAAGGAAAAAUGUCAAGAAAAUAUCGAUAAAAUAAAUGAAAAAAUAAACAACACAAUGAAAAAGAUACUCAAAUUAUGCGAGUCAAGCAAGAAGCAAUACUUAUCGAGGUUAUUUGAAAUGAAAGACAUCAGUUGCCUGUUCAGUUGUAUGUUCUUGUGUCUCCUAAUUAUAUUUUCGAUUCUGAAUGAAUACGUGGGAGUGUUACUCUCCACCCUGCUACUGAUCAUAUCUAUACAACUAAAAGUUAGUCGGUCAAAUAUGGCUCUGCUGAACUCGAUUGUUGCCAUUGUUUUCAUUUCUAUAGGCACUGCGUAUGCCUUUUCGAAUAUAAAAAUAGCGAACAUCCCCGAUGAUAGCAUUACACACAUCGAUAUCUCAAAUGCGAACACGAAUAAGAGACUGCUAAUCUUGGAGACGGGUAUUUGUCUAACGUAUGCUUCCAUCCUAUUUAUAUAUAUGCUUUCCCUACGGUCUGUAAAAAGAUGCAAAGAAAAACAUGUCUGGAUAUAUCAUCACAUAGUCACCUUAUUCAACUUCCUGGAUGUAUGCAUCCUCCUUACCUUUGGAGUGCUAGCCUUUUUCUUUAUCUUUAUUUGUCUUGGGGAAACUCUAUUCAUCAUUAUGUCAUUCAUGUUAUUUGCAACCAGUGUCCUUACCUAUUCCCUUCGUAAAAACAGCAACAUAGGAACCUUGAUUCUCCAAACAAUUGCAAUAAUAACGAAUUCUAUUAUAGCUAGCACAUAUUUAUCGGAAAACACGGCAACACACACACUGGCACAAGUCCCUCAUGACGAAUUAGGACAACUGACCGACAGAAUAUUCCUCUUCUAUAUGAUCUUUCUUAUCUUCUUUCUUGUUCUUCACUUGUUAUACAUUUUUUAUAUAUUUUUUUCUCACAAGAAUUUCUUGUCCAAGUGUUUUUCCCAGAGGUCCGCGUACUACUCGAGCAUAUUUCCCCAUCCCGCAAGCAUUGAGGAUGAUGACUUUGCUGAUAGUACCCACAGAAGUGCGAACAACCAAAGUGAUCAAAACAACAUGUAUAGUAAAAAAUACGAUGGGUAUAGCAGCGGCAACCGCCCCAACAGCGGGGAUAUCCAUUUUGUGCGAGAAAAGUAUCUACUAAGCUUAGAUGAUGACAACAAAAUUCUUAAUGUCCAGAGGAGAAGCUGCAAACAGGUGCAUCUCGAUUUGGGCAAAUACACAUACAAUGAACUUCAUUUGUACAGGCACCUUCUGCUCAACACAGUGAUCGAGUUGAAACGCUCGCUGUGGAGGCGUAGAGGAAGAGGGGACACAUCCAGGGGGACAAGGAAUAGGGACAAAACGAGCAUAAAAGAGAAGGUCAAAAGGAAGAAAGUCACACAUAAGAAGAUCACACAAAACAAGCUCAGUAUGGAUGCAAAAAAAAGACCAAAGCGAACGCAACGUUUGACAAGUUCACAAUGCCAAGGAAACAGCCAGACGGAAGACUUUGUACUAAGCAUCAACGAAGAAACGUCUGAAUAUCAGACCAACCAUUACAACACAGAUGAGGGUGCCAACACACAAGCAAAUAAAGGACGCUGCAGGAGGAACAGGAACAAGGGUCCACCUAAGAGUACUAAUUGUCUUGUAAAAAAUCUAUCCCUCGUUCAGCAGGAAAGAAGUAGAAAUAAGGUCGCUCCAAAGAUCCCACUGCAGAACCAUGAUCUUUACCUUACCCACUGCGAAAACGAUAUAUAUAGCCCAUCCUCCCUAUUUUACACAAAGUACACACACAUAAUAGAUGUGCUGCUAGAACAUUACGAUGAGCUUAUUUUUUACUUUGACCGAAAGAAGUUCUUCGUGGAGCUAAGCGAGUUGGUUGAGAGGGGAAAUCCAACUAUGAACGGUGAAAUUAUUUCCUGCCAAAAUUGCGCAACCGAAGGGGAUAUAUUGAAAUGCGGGUCGUCUGCAAACUCCAGUGCACUUGUAUCCAACAGUAACAUGAACGACUCUUCGCCUCCUUUGUCGCAUCCAACUUUGGAAAAUAUAACUGAGUCGCCAUACCUUCAGCAUGAAUCUCCAGAGUCUAGCACAUUAAAGGAUGCUUCUGUUCCCCCAUUCGAAGAAAGAAGUCCCAAUUACAUGAACACAAAUUGGACUAGCCAACUUAACAGUAGUGUACACUUCACGACCGAAUACGGCGCAGCAAAUGAAGGACAAUUCCUAAAGGCGCAAAGUUGUACAGCCGGAUUGUUAGCUGAGGGGUCCAAAUGGAUAGAGUUGCUCAACAAAACUGAAGACGAAUUAAAUGAGUGUUACUCAUUAUUCAUGCUAAACGCAGAAAAGAACGCAGCAAGGGAAAGGACCAACUCGCUAUUUAGCAAUCUAAACAAUGAUUAUAUGAACAUCCCUGUGUUCUCCUCCACGUUCAACUCCUUCAAUUCCAAUUCCCUCACUUCCAACUCCCACACUACCGAUGCAGAAAACAAAAAAGCAGAGAACUACUUCUGGUACUACUCCCCUGGUAUUAUCGGAAGGGUUUACAAAGAAUGGCUAAAAUGUAAAAAUUUAGAUUAUAAAAAAAUGAAUAAUGAUUUUUAUUACCUCUGUGCUAACUCGAACAAGCUGCACGAAUUCAUAAAGUCCAAUCACAGCACUCUGGAAAAACAGGAUGAAAUUAAACUCUUCGAUAUUAGUCAAGUGCUAAGUAGUAAUAACAGCAUUCUAAAUUCUAUUCAGAAAUCCUUUUCGUCUUUUAAGGCUUCUCACUUAUUUUCUGAGGAGGUACCUAGCAGCAGCUCUUUAAAUCGAAUAAUAAACACCUUCCUAAUGGACACUAGCAGCAACAUUGAAAGACUGUGCUUGUUUGAUUCUAAAAAGGUACAUCCGUGUUUAGAGGAUACAAACAUAAAUAAAUUUCUUUCAUCAUUGUACGAACAAGGAGGGAACGAAUUUCUUCAGGGACAGAUGACCCUCUCCUCAUCAAUGCUUACCCCAAAUUUGAUUGAGCAGAUGAACAAGGUCGUCGCAGAAAAGCAAUUCGAACAGGGAACACAAAUGAAGGACUAUUGUACAAACGUCUUGGGGAAUGUGUCUCCUCUUGGUGCGGAUAGGAAUGAUAACCUACUUGCGGGCCAGCACAACGCCAUUCCAAUGAGUUACCAAAAUGGGACACCUCCCAGACGAGAAGCGAACAAAAUGGUAUUCCCCCCGUGGAACGCUCUAAAUAGUGCCCCGAGGAAGGAGAAGCAACUAUCACCGCAAGACAACAGCAAAGACAUGGUAAAUCUCAGCACAUCACACCUGCAGAAGGAACAAGGCGAAAAAUUCGACUUGAAUGACCUUCUAAAUUACGCUGAGUCUCUCAUCUUGCAGAACAAGCAAAAUGAGGCAACCAAAGAAAGCCAACUAGCGAGCACAGGCAACACAGGGAGCUCAGACGUGCAGGUGGAAACCGAUUCGGACGCCGAUUCAACCGACAUAAAACACUUUGACGAAAUUUUAAGCAACUUUAUUAAAAAUUUCGUGUCUACCCGGGACAACAAGAUGCCUCAUAGUAGCGCCAGACAAAGUGAACAGAAGCAUGGCGACCAAAUGAACUCCUUGAAAAAUAUAGAGCAAAUUUAUUCCAAUAUAAAAAAAACCAUAUGUGAUGAGGAGGCAAGCGGGGCGGCCACCGCUGAAGGUAGUGUCAAAAAAAAUGGAGAAUCCUUAGCCAAGCAAAUAAUCCACACCAAGAAAAAAGAGAUGCACCUAAAAAAAAGAAACGUGCAGAAUGAGCAUCACCUUUCUAAUGUAAUUAAAAGAGGAGAUGAUCCAAAUGGAAGCAACCAAUUAAAUCAAAGCCUCCCAACAGGCACGACGGGACACCAAUUGGGCAAUCAUAACAUGGCGAAGAACAAGUCCAAAGGGAGCAUCGAGCGCUUAAGGAAGCAGGGCAAAAAGGACACGAACCACUGGACAUAUAGCGCAUUUAAUGAGUACAUAAAUAACGAUUUAAAUCUUGAAACAAAGACAAAAAAUAUAUAUACCAAAACGGGUCCAAGCAGAACCAAUUCGAUGCCCUCAGAUGAUGUAAGCGCACAUAUGAAGUUCACCCUAAUUUGUAGUAGCAGCGAGGAAAAUGUGAAUGAUCAACAAAGGAGAAAAAAUAAAAUUCUCCAAAAACAAAAAUUUCACGUUGAAGAUACUCAAGAGGAUUGCCAUCUAAGUGAGACACAAAAUUGGGGCAACAUCUCAGAAGGGUAUCUACCUGCUUAUGCGACUAAUGGGGGACAUGCAUACACAAAGGGUAACAAUUUCUCAACCUCCCAGAAAGGGUUGUCGCCCAAAUUGAACAGCGUAAAAUUGGAGAAAGAGGAAAACAACAACCCCAAGCAACGCAUCAAAGCAAAGAACAAUGACACACAUUCUAGCACCGUCAGCAGCACACACGAAGGGGGGACCGCUAACGCAGAAAGGGUAAAUGAACCGUACAACCGCUUACACAGGGGGGAGAUGAAAGAUGGACCAACUGAGAGCAAAUUUUACACUUUAAAUAAUCACAAUGUAGAUAAGGACAAAUCCAACUUAAAAAACGGCCCUCAGAAACCAGUCCUUCAAGACAAUCAGAAAUGGGAAGGAAAAAAUGAAAAGUGGAACCAGACUGGGGAACUAAAAUCAGACGUUGCGCAUAAUACAGAAAACGGGAUUCUUUCCAAUGGGAACGAACUGCCUAGCAGCGUCUCCGCGCCCGUGAUGAGAUUCCCCCUUGGUCAGGUUACAAGGAACAAUAAAUACGAUCAUGAGGGGAGGCAGAAGAGCCCAAAAAUGGAAAAUCACCAUCUCGGAGAGCACAAAGAGAUACCAUCAAACCAAAGAAAAGAAAAAGAACAUGUGGAAUGGAAUCACCAUAUGGUGAGUGGAAAAGUCAGUGGAGCAAGUAAUCCAACAAACAAUCCAUCCCCUAUGAAGGACUACUGCAUACAUAGCAAUCAAAUGAGUUACAACAAUUCCAGCAACUUCGAUUCAGCACAAGCUUGUGAGCGACCCAGUGAAGUUUAUCCGUAUGGAAGUGCCUACCACAAAGGGGAGUUCGCCUGCACCUCUGAGUACCCCACAAAUGCUGAAGAAAAAAAUGAACAUUCUUACAAAUUUUCUAAUGGACACCAAACGAACAGCAACUUUAACCUGGACACGCAUGACCUCAUAAAAGAUUUGAAAAAAUAUUUGUGCUCACCUCCAAAUAGUGUUGACCUGGAGGACAGCAAACUCAAUGAUACCUUUCUACUCGACUUUAUCAACAAGUACUUGGAGAAUAGCAACCCCUGUGAAGUGAGUGUAUACAACGAAGUGGUUUUUGAUGAGGCAAGUGCAAAAAAGGAUAACCACCAUGUUAACACUCCGAAGAAGCAAGAUAAGAGCGAAGGAAUCACAAUAAGAAACACCGAAGAAAGGAAAACACAAUACUACCAUCUGUAUGAUGAUAAAAAAAAGUGGCAAGGACAAAAAGACAAAAACGUAAGUGGAACACUCCCCCUCAACUUUUACGAUGAACAUAUUGUAAAUUUCCUCAAUACUUACAUGUUUGAAAACAGCGAUCGGUUGAUGAAAAACGCCAUUUUGAAAGACAAGCAGAAAGGUAAUGCGACGCUGGAAAAGAAUAUGGGAAAGGCUAGACUACCGCUGGGCGCUCAGUUUGCAACGGUGUACAGGAAGGGUGGAAAGGAGGACGGCUUGCACCAAUUGGACUAUGGUAGCUCCUAUGUUAAUGGCGACCAUGUUGACGGGAAGGCUAAACUCCACAAUGAUUACCACGAUAAACAGGAUAUAUCGCAAAACAAAGAGGAAAAAGUUGCCCGCAAAGGUACUCACCUAAGGAAGAAACAAAAUGACACCCAUUUAGCAGCAAGUAAUUUAAAUAAGAAGGAAACUAAUAGAUAUAUAUGCAACGACAAUCAGGUAAGCAUUAAUAGGGAAGACGCUGAAGAAAACGCAUACACGUACAAGGACGGAAACAAGAAAGGGACUGUCGCUUCAAACAAGAGAAAAAACAUGUUUGAGGAGUUAGUUAGUUCGAAGGGGAAUGAAAAUGAGGUAGAACAACAAAAGCAAAAAAACGGGGGCAAAAAUGAGAAAAUAAAAACAAGCAGUGAUAUCUUCUACAGUAUAGGCAACAUAGAAAGUAUUAACGAUGAUGAACCGUUGGCACAUCUAAGAGGUAAAAUGAACAGCAGCAACAACCACCCAGGGGAAGAAAAGGAAAAAGAAAAGAUAAUUAAAAAGGCGGAUUUAAAUUUAGUCCUACAAAGUAGUGGCAGCGAAAAGCAGAGUCAUGAAGAUGUCUCCUCGGAUGACGGAAACUCUGCAAACGGUGUGGAAACUUUACAAAAGGAACAUCCUCUUCACAUUUAUAAACCAAAUGUGAACAUAUUUGAUCAAGCGUACGGAUUUGAAAGCAAAAUAUCUGACGUCACCUCAUCCUCAGGUAUUGAACCCUCGGGGCUACUAGUAGGAAGCAACGCCUUGUAUGAAUCCUUCGCUUAUAAAAGUUUCGAAAAUAUAGACAGUAUGAAAAAAAGGAACCACCAGCUUAGCAGUAAAGAAGCAACGGAUGAUGCAAAUGGGGAUUUGGACGAACACAAAUCCGCAGUCAUAGCCAGUGGGGCAAUGGAUGGAUCCAACUCAAAGGAUAAAAUGGAAACCCUUCACUAUAGCGAUGUUGCCAAGGAGGGAUGUGGUAAUAGGAGCAGUUGUGGUGAAGAGAAGAAGGGGGAACAGGAUCCAGAGCUUUGCGUCCCUUCACCCAUUGCGAACCAUUCAACGGUGCAUGCCGUGGGGAAAGUGACAAAGGAGUGCAACUAUUUGGCUGGAAAAGACGCGAUAAGUUUAGGCAAGAAAAAAGAGCUAAGAAGAGGUGAGCCCAAUCCAAGUACAGAACACCUGGUAAGCACACACGUGGAUGACCAAAUAGUGAAGGGAAAAAACUACGUAAAAAAGAAUUUUACCAAUUAUGAAAUUUACGAAGGUUCAAAAAUACGCGCUGGUAGUGGUCAGAGAACUGGUACAACUGCAAAAGACCAAUCGCACAACCAAUUGAGUACCCAGGUGGAAAUGAAUCUUUGCAAUAAAACUCCUCCCUUUCAGGAACAGAAAAUAAUACAAUCUAAGUGUAGUACCAAUUUGGGAGCAGCUACCCUCGGAGAUAGUUACAAAAAUAUUAAACACGUGGACGUACUCGAACUGAACAAUAAUAUCGUCCCCAAAAUGAUGACAUAUGAUGAACCAGAAUCAGGGAAAAUUCCACUGUCAUACACAUAUGGCGGAAAACUACACAAUAAUGUUGGAGGCGCUCCGAUCAACUCAUUGUUGUCAGGGGAUAUUUCUUCCUCCUUGGUAAGCAAAAGGCUCAUGGAUUCGCAAAACAGUACACCGAGUAACCAUAUAAAGGGUAGGAACAAAUCUGGAUGCCCCAACAGCGUGGAAGUAGCAAAACAAAACAUGCCUCAAACAAAUGAGCAAAAGAAGACUCGCAGUAAUCCCUAUGAGCAGCACUUCCUGGGAAGGGGAACAAGUGUGGUCACUGGUGCUCGAGGAGCACAGGAAAUCUUUAAUGAGGAAGAGAAAAAAAAAGAUGGUGCAGAAGAGGUGCACGUGAACCAGGCCAUCGAAGCGAUCGAAGCAGACAUAGACGACUUUUCUGAAGAAUUUUCAUCGAGGGCGAAAACACGAACGAGUUGGAGACCUCCCAGGAGUCACACCAAAUUAACUCUCACGGACAGAACGCCCAUCAGCUUAGAAAACGCUCAAAGCACUGAAAGUGAGGUGGAGGAGGAUAAGGGUACAACGCAAAAAUGGGAUUUGGGGGGGACAAAUCGUUAUAAGCAGGAAAAUGCAUUAAGCACAGGAAGGAGAGAGAGAAAAAAAAAGUGUUCCACCGUCAGAGGACGCAUAAUAAAUAACAGCGAUCACAUUUUCGACAACACAGACUACAUCAAACACUUUAACAGCAUCAUUAAAACGUAUUCAUGGUCACCGGAAAAUUUACGCAUAGAACAAAAUAAUUAUGCUCUCAAAACCUACAACACGUGUAUAGACACGGCUAGCACAGAAGAUAGUGAUGACGCAUCUAAAAUGACAUACUUCGUGAAAGAUGUCCUGGGGGAAAACUCCAAUUCGAUUUCUUCAUCGAGUGGGUACGAAAAAGGAGACACGAGAAAACGCAACAGGGAGCUCAGCGGUGAAGCAAAAUUACAUCAUCUUUUAAAUUCACGCAAAGAAAUGCGUAGAGAAUACAUGCACAAAGGCGUUCAUGGGGAUGUAAUGCAAUGUAUUAAAACGGACACACAAGAAUCCUUCAUUGACCUAAUCGCACAGGGUAACAUUUUCCCCACCAUCAGACGCAGCAGGGACAAAAGUGGUGCCCUCCAUCGUACUCUGCCCUCAAACGGUUACAACGGUUUGAUGCAAAAGGGAGAAAAGUUAUCCACAAGGAGACACACAUCAAAUUAUUCCCGUUGUUCCCACCAUUCCAAUUUUUCCAAUUCCUCCGACCAAGGUGAACUUGCUCCAAACAAUAACACGCAGACGUGCGCCAGGAACGAACGCAAGGAGGCCUCCAAAGUGCGCAGCGUGUCGGAGAAUGGCAUCAACAUGGAAGACAUAAAAAUUUUCACAGACGACGGAUUCAACGAUGAGUACAAUCUGUUUUACAACUGGAACGAACUCAAUAACGAAGUUAACCAUGAAAUGAACAAAACGGAAACUUAUAAAAAAAUAUAUUCCUCGAAAAAAAAAAGGAACAGUCUAAAGCUGUUCAAAGGAAAUCUUAACAACUCACGCAGAAAACUCCAUUUAAGUGAAGACAUUUAUGUCGAUGGUGGUAGCUCACGGGUCAAGCAAAAUAAUAGCAAUUCAACAUUUUACAACAACACAAAGCGGAUGCGAAGAUCGGUCCCUAUUGGGGAUGGCAACUUGAGCAAUUUUUACAGUUUAGAAAAAAGGGGCAAGGAAAAUGCACACUCGUUGGCGAACGCGUUGGGAGAGGAAAACACACGGAAGAGGCCCAACGUGAAACGCGCGAACAAUGUGUACAACUCCAGUUACGAACUGAAGAACAGCCCAGCGAAAAGAAGACACAAACAAAACAACAGCUCGUCUGUCAUUUCAUUCAAUGAAAAAAAGUUUGGAGGAAACGACUUAACCAUUACAAAAACUAUGCCGCACUACGAAUCGGUUCAUAUAAAUUCUAACUUCUCUUUCGAAUCCAAGUAUACGGGAAGCUUGUGGCAAAAAAGGAAAAGUGGGGCAUUUGGGGAGAGGACUAAUCUAGAGGUUAGCACCGUGAUUGACUCCCCCACUGGGAAGUAUCACCCAAAGCAGGGCAGCUACUCGAAGUGGGGUGUAAUGAAAAGCUCAUCACGCAAAAGGAAAAAAUCGCUAACUGGGGGACAAAGAGAUACAAACCAUUUGGCAUCAUACCUACCGCAGGAUUCCCAAAAUAAUUUUGUUCACGAGUUAAAAAGAACACUAGCCGCAACAAAUGCCCAAGCGAAGAAAAACCAAAUGGGAAGCCACCCAAAUAAUAAUGCUGACAACCAGGCGUCCAAAAAGAAGACCCACAUAGACCCCAAAAAACUUACCAGCGCUAUUCGAAAUUUUAAAAAUUACAAAAAAAUGUCGCGUGACAAUAUGAAAGCGGUCCAAGUGAGACUGCCACCAAAAAACACAGACGCUAACAAAUAUAGACCUUUAACAUUGCGGUACUCAGUGGACAAUUUUUACAAUGUUAUAAAUAGCGAAGACGACGCAAAUGCGGAUAUGUUCAUCCACAGGCGCGGUAAGUGA